AGGUAUAAAAGCGGCACGGAUCCGGCCUGUUGCGCAUCAUUUGAACUUGUGGGAUUCUUGAAUAGGGGAUUGCCGAUCGCUCCUGCUCAGACAUGCACGCCCUGGUGAAAGCAGUUCUUCUGUGUGCGACAUUUAGCCUUUGCCUGGGUGGUACACCACGCCUUGGUAGCAGAGCCUUAGUACUGUUCAAGAACCUCCCUAACCAGAAGCAGCCACAACCUAACCACCAGCAGCAGCAAGCUCCAGCCAAUGGUUACGGACACGCCAUGAUCCCUCCCGUAUAUCCGAUGAGUCCCAUGUUCCCAAGGGGCCCGGUAUUUCCUCAUCCGCCUCCUUUCAUGCAGCAUGUGCAUCCGUUCUUGCCUUACGGACCACACAUGCAGUCGAUUCAGCCCAUCCAGAUGUUCCCAAUCCAUGGGCCGGGCAUGAUACAGGCACCCAUGCCACUGCCACCGCCCAUCCACCCCUUGGUCACUCCCAUCCAGAUCCACAGCCUAGCAGGCAGUACGGGCGGAAAUGUGGCGGCAGGACUAGCGGCGACUCUCCCCACCAGCUUGGCGAGUGCAAUCGCCGGAGGAGGCACCAUUUCAGCUGGCCCCACAUACCUGAUCCAAGAGCUGAGACACCACAACACGCCAUCCAGCAGCACUAAGACCCAGACGAACCACAACUCAGGAAGCAGCAAUCUGAACACGCAAUCACCGGAAAAAAUUCUCUUCCUCAAGGAUCUUAAGGCGUUCAGUGCACCACUUCCGGCGGCGAAAAACAAGAAACUUAUGCUGCCGACUCCGCAGGAUUCGUUCAAGAAUUUUGGCCCCGAGAUCUUACCACCCAUAGUGCUCAACGCCAAUACACUCGCCCAGCUUGGUUUGGGUGGUCUGUCGGGCCCAGUCACCGGUGGCCUCUUGCAAGACGGGGGGCCAGACGGUCUACAUCUCAAGGGAGGGAACGCCAUCUGGUGAUGGCGUCAGAUGGACGUAACAGCGCGUGGAUUUCGUCGAUCUGCAAGUAUGUGUGUCUAGUCUCGUCCAGGUCACGUCCCAGAAAUGUGUUGGUAUUUAUGGCACUUCCUCUAGUGUCCUUUUUGCAGUGGCAAGUUAAAAUUGGGGUAAGCUCACACAGGGUUAUCCGUGUGUUACUAUUGGGCAACAGCUGCGGAAUAAUUUAAGAAUGGUUUGUCUCCACAGUCGUUGUCGUUGUGUAAAGUGAAGACGUACUGUGUGAGACAAGGUGUGAACUAUCUCGUUACUGCAAAAAUAACUUGACACUUUAAUGUGCUGUCUUACGUGUUUACUUGACCAAACAUUCUGCUUCGCUUGGUCUUCUCGUCUACAUCGCUUAGUCGUGUGGGGCAGGUUAUCGUCAUUUCAAGAAAGAUGUGUUACUUAUACCAAAAAAAUCACAAAAAUUUCGCCUGCAACAUUUUAACACUGUUUAGAGACCGAAAGGCUUAGUGUACAUAAAAGUAAUUUUUCUCAUUUUCAUUCUGUUUUAGUUUGAAGAGCUGGACUCAAUCUAAUGAGUAUUUUUUACACUUAGCGUUGAGGUCCUUUGACUCCUAUUGAAGGACUACGUUGUAACAGGGUGUAUAUACUGAUAUUCUGUAAAUAAAGAAUGAUUUUUUUCAAUAAA